AGAAACAAUUUUUGCUGUUGAUGUUCGUUACUUCUUUUCCUCUUCCUCGUUCGUCUUCUUCCUUUAGCUCGCUCGAAUUCCCUCGAUCAUACCCACUGAUCAACCCCAUGGCGUACGAGGACGAUCCUUACCGUGAUGAGGACGGAGAGCCUUUGAUGGAUUACGACGAUAUACAAUCGGACGGAUAUCAAUCCCCUGGAGUUCCUGACGACUUUAUCGACGACGACGUUUCCAGAACUCCCGUCUAUGACGCGGACAAAUCCUCCAAGCCGAGGAAGAGGCUGGUGAAGAAGAGCGACGGCGGUAGAGACAGUUAUGCAGCUCCGCCGGAGCUAGUGGACGAGGACGAGGACGACCAAGGGUACGAUGCGAAGGAAUACUCGCGGGAUAGGGAAGGAUCGGCGGAAGGGAAGAAGAGGAGGAGAUUGGGUAAGGAGGGGAUAGGGAGCUCUGGCAAGGAGAGGAAGAAGUUGUUCUCCAAAGGGGAGAAGAGGUUUGGGAGUAGCUCUAAAUCUGGAGGAGGGAUGCCGAAGAGGGGAGCUUAUUCUGGGAGGUUAGUUGCUGGAAAGGAUGACGGUGAGGUCAAGGAAAUGUGGGACACCAUUGCUGGUGGUGAUUCCGAGGAUGAUAAAGAAGGCUUGAGGACUAUGGAUGAUGAUAACUUCAUUGAUGAUACUGGUGUAGAUCCAGCCGAUCGGUAUGGAAGUGAUAAUGAACAACGGUCUCUCGGUGAUGUUCCUCAGGCAGAGGAGGGUGAAGAGGAUGAUGAAGUAAACCAGCUUUUUAAAAUGGGCAAGAAACGGAAGAAGAAUGAGAGAAGCCCUGCCGAGAUUGCAUUGUUAGUGGAGAAUGUCAUGGCGGAGCUUGAAGUCACUGUUGAAGAAGAUGUUAAACUAAAUUUGAGGGGGAAACCUGCUAUUAACAAACUAAAGAAGUUGCCUCUUCUUACUGAUGUUCUCUCUAAGAAGCAGCUUCAGCAAGAAUUCAUAGAUCAUGGAGUUCUGACGCUGCUGAAAAAUUGGCUUGAACCCCUUCCUGAUGGAAGCUUGCCCAACAUAAACAUCCGUGCGGCAGUUCUAAGAAUUCUAACUGAUCUUCCUAUUGAUCUGGAGCAGUAUGAUAGAAGGGAGCAAUUAAAGAAGAGUGGGCUUGGAAAGGUUAUAAUGUUUUUAUCAAAAUCUGAUGAAGAAACCACUUCCAACAGAAAACUGGCCAAGGAUCUGGUUGAUAAAUGGAGUCGACCAAUAUUCAAUAAGAGCACGAGGUUUGAGGACAUGAGAGGUGCUGAAGACGAACGUGCUUACAGAAGGCCACCACCAAGAAGACCAGCGAGCAAUUCUGUUGGGAUGGAAUCUAGAGAUGGUGAUCUUGAUUUGGACAUGGCACGGGGAAGGAAGUCUGGCCAGUCAUCAUCGUCAUCAUCCAGGCAACAACAGCUCACUACCAGGCCAGAAGCAACACCAUUGGAUUUCUUGGUCCGUCCACAGUCCAAGAUAGAUCCUGAAGAAAUUAGAGCACGUGCUAAACAAGCUGUACAAGAUCAACGGAGAAUGAAGAUGAAUAAGAAGUUGCAGCAGCUGAAGGCUCCAAAGAAGAAGAGUUUACAAGCUUCAAAGCUCAGUGUCGAAGGCCGUGGCAUGCUCAAGUACUUGUAAUGUUGCUGGACUCUCUUUGUCCUCUGCCAGCCUGAUCCGUAUGGUGAGGGACUCGACAUUCACAACGUUCAAGUCAAGCUGGUCCCUCGUUGGGAAAUCUCGCGCUGGCCGUCACUCGAUAGCUCGUGUGCCAUUGUUGCCGCAACUGGUUGCAAGUUGAUGGUCAUUAUCGACUGUCGGGUCGAGAUGAAUUCACGCUGCUUUUGCCUUCCCUUGUGCGAGAGUAAUAAGAACUAACCCUGUCUCCUGAUUUCUGCAAUUCUUCCUGGAGGGAACAAAGUAUAGGGUAAAGUAACCGAGUUGGAUUAUCUCCUGGGUAUAUUUAAGGAUCAAAUGCUGUUUUACGGGUGUUUUACAUAGCGGGUGGUAGUGAAUUGUGGUCAUUCGUUCGUGUACGCUACAAACGAGUUCAAUGUAAUGUUAAUUUGCUGCUGCAAGGA